GUUGUUACUACGCCGCCAUUAUUGUUUACAUCGACGCGUGAUUUUCAAGUUCUGACAGAGCUCCAAAAUCUAAAAGAUUCUUAAAAAGAGAAAAACACAUACAAUGCCUUUGAUAGAAGAAAUAUUUGAGGACAAUGUUGAAAUCCCUCAGAAAGAAAAGGCAGUAAAGGUCAAAAUAGAGGUCAUGGAGGAUAAAGAAAACAACAUCAAUGUAAACAAUGUUAACAAUACCAAAGAAAAUUUGAAGUCUGAUGGAUCUGGAGAUAAAACAGAACCCAACAAAAAUGGCAAACAGAAUGAGAUAGAGAAGAAAGAUAAAGAUAACUGGCCAAGGUUGACAAAAGCCUUUCUAAAACAGCACUGUAAAGAUAUGAAGCUUUAUCGUACCCCACAUCUAAAUGAUGUUCUCUAUCUACAUUAUAAAGGUAUUUUCAAGAUUGAAUCAUUAGAAGAGUACACAGGAUUGAGAUGUUUAUGGUUGGAAUGUAAUGGAUUGAGGAAAAUAGAAAACUUAGAAAAUCAGAAAGAAUUGAGAUGUCUGUAUCUUCAACAAAACUUAAUCUCAGAUAUAGAGAAUCUGGAGCCUCUUGUUUGGUUAGAUACACUGCAACUCAGCAACAAUAGAGUCAAGAAAAUUGAAAAUAUAUCAUGUUUACCCAAGAUAAAUUCUCUGUAUAUCUCACACAACAGAAUUGAGGAUGUUGAGGAUAUUGAACACUUAGCAGAAUGUGAUUCACUGAGUGUAGUAGAUCUGUCACAUAACAAAAUAGAUGAUCCUAAAGUUCUAGAAGUUUUUGCUGCUAUGAAAAAUCUGAAAGUAUUAAAUUUAAUGGGCAAUACUGUUAUUAGGAAUAUAAAGAAUUACAGGAAGAAUUUCAUAGUUAAAUGUAAACAUUUGAACUAUCUUGAUGACAGGCCAGUAUUCCCUAAAGAUAGAGCAUGUGCUGAAGCAUGGGCAGAAGGUGGUGUUGAAGCAGAAAAGGAAGAAAGAGAAAAGUGGAUAAAUAAAGAAAGACAAAAGAUCACUGACAGUGUGGAAGCCUUGACCAAAAUAAGGAAAGCAAAUAUAAAGCAGAAAAUAGAGAGAGAAAUGGUUGAGAGAGGAGAAGAGGGAGAAGUUGAUUUAGAGAGCGUUGAUUGGUUAACUGGAUCUUACAAGCUCAAAUCAGAUAUAGACAGUGAACAGACAGAAGAAGAAAUGACAGUCAUAACAGGGAAGCAGGCUGAGGAAGAGGAGGGAAUAUUUUCUACUAGAAAAAAUAUAACAAAGGAAGAUUCCACAAGAAUAUUUAUCACAGACACAGGAAAAGAAGAUGAAGAUGAUGAUGAAUUAGAGGAUCUACCAGAUUUAGAAGAUGUAGAUGUCACAGACCAGAUCCUUACACAAAGCCAGGAUAAGGCUUUCAAGCCAAGGAUUGAAAUUCUUGAUGACAGUGAAUCAGAAUCAGAAGAUGAAACAGAGAACCAGUCAUCAAAACCAUUCAUACAGGAAUUGAUAUCUUCCUCUAAACCAUUGAUACAGGAUAUUACAUCUUCAUCUAAACCACUUAUUGAAGAAAUAUCUCAAAACACUGAAGAUUUAACAUUAGAUAUUGAAGAGAAUAAACCAUCACUUAUAGAUGAAAUGAAUGAGUACGCCGUCGAGGAAGAAUCAUCAGAAACAGAUUUGAAUGACAUCAAUCCCGACUUCACCCCGUCAUAUGAUUCCGUCCAACAUGAGCAUUCGGCACAAUUGUUACAGGAAAUGAAAUCAAUGGACGACACAAACUUUAUUAAAACAGGUGUAAUGGACCCCAGUAAUGUGAUUGAGUCUAAACGUCCCAAAACAAACAAUCAUCCAUUAGCUGACUGGGAUGACUCAGAAUUAGAUUGAAAACUUAUGGAAAAAUAACCUUCUUUGUAUUAAAUGUGUUCAGAAAUUAUAUUUAUGCAGUCAAAAUUUUAAAAAAGUGUAAGGUUGAAUGGACCUAUCAAUUAAUGAAAGAAAUUGCCUCAAGAUAUACAAUAAGACUUAUUUCAUCAUACAAGGCAAUAUUUUAUGAGCUGCGGAUGAUAGAAACGAAUGAAUUAAAAGAAAUUGUAUUAA